AUGCUCAUCGCAUUCUGCACGUGCGAAAUUUUUCACUUAACCAUGACAGACCAAGUCAAGGUUCGGUUUUUUACCAAUGAAGAAGAUGAUUUGAAGGUGUCGGAGAAUCCUAUAUUUGUUCCUGUAUCGCUCAAGAGGUAUGGGCUUUCUGAGAUUGUGAAUCACUUGCUCAAUGAUGGCGAAACAAAAAAGGCGAUUCCAUUCGAUUUUCUUGUGGAUGGAGUGUUGCUUCGAACUUCUCUUCAAGACUACCUUACGAAACAAGGGUUAUCUACCGAGACGGUCAUUGAUCUCCAGUACACGCGAGCAGUUUUACCCCCAAGUUUUUUGGCAUCUUUUACAAAUGAGGAUUGGAUAUCUUCCAUCGACACCAUCAACCCAGGGCAUGGAGCUGUGUUAGCGUCCAAUAUGAAGCUCCAGGAGUCCAAGAUUUUGUCAGGAUCGUACGACGGAGUGGUCAGAACAUACAAUAUGUCUGGCGAGGUGGAAAGUCAGUACAUUGGUCAUCUGGGACCGGUAAAAAGUGUGAGAUGGAUCUCACCAACAAGAAUUGUUUCUGCUGGAAAUGACCACAGCUUGAGGUUGUGGAAGACCAAACUAGCAGGCGUGGAGGAGGGCGCCGAGGAUGGUAAAACUACAGCUAUUUUAGAAGGUCACAAAGGUCCGGUGGUGGACUUGGCAGUGGACUAUAAAUCGAACAAGAUUAUUAGUGCUGGAAACGACAGUGUUGUUGGAGUUUGGUCUACGAAUGCCAGCGACAUGUCCGCAGUGACGGUUUCCGAGCCCACUGGUUCCACAAUGUCGAAAAAAAGGAAAAAGUUGGCCCUUCAAGAUUCCACCAUCAAGCGCCGCGCACCUUUGGCUAUGAUGGACGGCCAUGGCCAGCCAGUCACAGGAGUAUGUUUCGAUGUCAAUGACAAGCUGGUGAUAUACUCAGCAUCCCAGGACCAUACCAUCAAAACUUGGGACUUGGUAACGUCUCGGUGCGUCGACACCAGAUCCACCGGGUUCUCACUUCUUUCCAUUCUCCAACUUCCCAAUUUGCAUUUGGUUGCAAGUGGGUCUUCUGCUCGCCAUAUCAACCUCCACGACCCUAGAGCAAGCUCCAGCACAGAACAGGUAUCAAGGAAGCUAGUUGGACAUACAAACUUUGUAGUAUCCAUGGCAGCUUGCCCAGACAAAGACCAUAUGUUUGCAUCAGCUUCUCACGAUGGAACCGUGAAAGUUUGGGAUGUGAGAGCAGACAAGGCUAUGUACACGCUAGGCAAAGGCGGUAAGGUUUUCGGGGUGUCGUGGGACCCAAUUGGCAUUGUGAGUGGUGGAGAAGAUAAGAAGAUUGACAUCUAUCGCGAAGCCAACUAG